AAAAUGUACACAUAACCAAACAAUUUCAAUACGAAGUAAAUUUUUUCUAAAAAAAACACUUGUGUUUCAUUUGUGAUUUGUUUUUUUAAUGAAUGUGUAUUUUUAUCGUUUUGAAGAUCAUAUUACGAAAUCUUCUUCUUCUUCUUCUUUUAAUAAACAAAUAUUAGUUGAAAUCAUAUGGGUGCCAGCAGUAGUUCUCAUGAAAUGGAUUACCAAGAGCCAGGAUGGGCUGCGAUAUUGCAGUAUUUAAUACAAAGUGGUCAAGUACAUAUUAUUUCAGAGGAACACGAUGACUCUGAUGAAUAUUCUACUGCACGACCUCCUCGCGUUUCUAGUCGACCAAAUACUUCCAGACUUGAUAAAAGUGAAAUUAGUCUGACGACAAAAGAGGCUUGUGGUAUUGGAGAUAAUGUAGCUGGUCUACCAAUGAUGUUACAAAGAAGAGAAAUAGGUUCAACUUUUAGUGCUGGUCAAAGAUGCAAAAUAUCAAGUAAUUAUUUACCGAAUAGAAUGGAUCAAGUUGCAAAAUAUAAUAGUAAAGCAUUUUGUGGUUCAUAUUCAACCGAUGGAAAGUUCUUCCUUACUGCGUGUCAAGAUAAAUAUCUCAGGUUGUAUAAAACUGACAAUGGAGAGUUUACAGAAAUUAAAAAAAUAUCAGCUCGUGAUGUAGGAUGGAGUAUUUUAGAUACAGCAUUCAGUCCUGAUGGAAAUUAUAUUGUGUAUUCUAGUUGGUCGGAAAAUCUUUAUAUGUGCCCUAUUUUUGGAGACUCAAAUACGCAAGAAACACUUUUUCUCUCACCAUUGGAGCGUAGAUUUUGUAUAUUUUCAUUAGUAUUUUCAAGUGAUGGUCGUGAGAUAUUAUGCGGUGGAAAUGAUGGUUUUCUCUAUGUCUACGAUAGGGAAUGUCAACAGCGUGUUCUGAGGAUUGAAGGACACGAAGACGAUGUAAAUAGUGUUGCCUUUGCGGAUAAUACUUCUCAAAUUCUCUACAGUGCCGGAGAUGAUGGAUUAUGCAAGGUUUGGGACAGAAGGAUGUUAAGUGAAAAUGAUCCACAUUCAGUGGGUAUUCUCGCUGGUCAUAUGGAUGGAAUAACAUACAUUGAUCCUCGAGGCGAUGGUAGACAUUUAUUAACAAACAGUAAAGACCAAACAAUUAAAUUGUGGGACGUUCGUGCCUUCUCCGAUCAUAAUGGUGAAAUGAAUACAAAAAAAGCAGUCGCUAAUCAAAAUUGGGACUAUAGAUGGCAACGAGUUCCAAAAAGAUUGUACAAAACAAAAAAUAUGUUGGAUGGAGAUACAAGCAUUAUGACAUAUCGGGGACAUACUGUUCUUCAAACUUUGAUUCGUUGUCAUUUUUCACCGGCCCAUACAGGGCAGAGGUACAUUUACACUGGAUGCGGUUCCGGUCGAGUUAUCAUUUACGAUGUUCUAACUGGAGCUAUUGUUAAAUCUUUAAACGGUCACAAAAGUUGUGUACGAGACGUAAGUUGGCAUCCGAGUUAUCAAGAAAUCAUUUCUACUUCGUGGGAUGGAGGAAUUGGAAGAUGGCGUUACACUGGUAAAUCAGUUUCCCUAGAUUAUCCCGAUUGUGAAACAGAUAGCGAUGUAGAAUCAUCACAACCACGAACAUUGCGACGUAGUCAACGCAUUGCAGCUCAAAAAGCGAAAAAUACAACUUCAUGUUAGGAAUCAAGAAUUUCUCACAAUUCCUAGUUUUGAGAUUCUUGAUUAAGAAAAAAAAUAACGAAUUAUUGGGAUAUAAAAAUGAAAGAAAAACUAAUUUACAAAAGACUGCUUUUGUUUCAGUUAAAUUAUUUAAAAAAACGUCGAUUUUUUUUUCUUGUGUAUGUUACUUUCGUCAAAAAUUAUUUAUUAGGUUUCUUUUUUUUUUUUUUUUUAUUUAAUAACGAAUGGUUGAUGUUUUAAUGAUGUGAGCAUAUCCACAGAACUUUUAUACUUAUAUAAUUAACAAUUUUCAUCCAAAUUCAAUUGGAUUUUCUACAUACAUAUAAUAUUAUCGAACACCAUUUAAAAUGCACGAUAUAAUUUCUCAAUUUACGGUGAUUGGUUUACAAUUUCAUCUCUUAAAAAUGGAUGACGCCUUAAAAAUGAAAAGUUUCAAAGAUAUGCCCAUUUCUGAAAAAAAAAUUGUUUUUCUAAAAUUAUUACAUUUUUUUUUUUUUGAAUCAUAGAAACGACUACUCUAUAAUUGAAAAUCAUUUAUUUUUAACAGUUUCGUUAUCAAAAAAAUGUUUUUCUAUUUUUAAAAUAAGAAAUAUUGUUCCUGAUAAUGAGAAUUUAUACAGCCAGUAAAUUGUUUAAAAUAAAAGAUUUUAAUUUACUUUAAAAGUACACGUUUUUAUGCUUCAAAAAAAAAAAAAAAAAAAAAAUUUUUGCGAAUAAUUUAGUUAAAAUAAAACACGUCGUAUAAAAAUGGCGUUUGUGAUAAUCAUAGUUGUAUUAUAAACUGAUUUAAAAAAAAAAAUAGAACACAUAAGCGUAUUCAUAAUAAUUAUAUUGUUUAAUUUAAUUACACUCGGAAAAUUUUUUACAAAUAUUAUUCUAGAAUGUAGAAAAUUUAAGGUACUCCAAUUUAAUACGAUUGUACGGAUGAAUAUUAAAAAAAAAAAAAAGGUAAAAACAAACAUAAUAUAAAUUAAACAUCCGUUCAAAUUAUAAAACACAUUAUCUUUGAAAAUUCUUAUAUUUCCAUAUAACUUGUAUAAAAAUGAUACAUAAUAUUUAACAAAAUAUGUAUUGUAUAUAAGUAUGAAUUUAAAAAAAAAAAACUGAAAAAAUAAAAUAAAUAAAAAUUAAAUCAA